AUGUUGACAGAACUAGUGCUUGCGACCUCGCUGUCAGGCUCAAUUACACAAGUUUGGGAUUUAAGAACUGGAACUUUGUUAACCUCUUUCAAACAAAAUACUUGUUAUCAGCAUGGUUUGGCUUUAAUUCCAUUCCCAGGACAGCCUAAUAGAGUUGGUCUAGUUAUAGCUGCACAGACCGACAAGGCUUCACUACACGUAUACUCGUGGCAAAAGGAUCAACCCUAUCUCAAAAUCAUAUGUCCCGAGAAAUUAGUCUCAGUGGCCAUUUCAAAUCAAGGCGCAUAUUGUGCUUGUGGUACAGACAAUGGAAAAAUUUACAUUUGGGAGCUUUCAACUGGAAUAUUAUGUCGUGUUUAUGAUGCUCAUUAUAAAAGAAUCAGUGUCCUCAGAUUUACAAAUGACGAUACCGCAUUGAUAUCUGGCAGUGAAGAUGCAGGAAUAAAUAUUUGUCUUUUGAAUGAUUCAACAGAUGAAUCACCAGCUCCAUUUUAUUCAUGGUCGGGGCAUUCACUACCAAUCACCGAUAUAAUAUGUGGAAUUGGCAGCUUUCGUACAGCAAGAGUGCUGACUUCGUCAUUGGACCACACUUGUAAAUUAUGGGACUUGUCAUCCGGACAUCUCCUAACGACCUUCAUAUUUCCCACCGCUAUAACUGCUAUUGCACUUGACCCUGCCGAAAGAAUGUUUUUUGCCGGUGGUAAGGAUAAUCUCAUUUAUCAAGUAAAUCUGUAUCGAAGAAUUGAGAAUAGGACUUAUAAUGUAAGUGGACAGUCUGGAUUUGAGAUAGCAGCAGUAGGAGGCGCUGGUGUUGUUGAAGAUGUUGCAUCUGAACAUGAUAAAACAAAUCUAAUCUUUCGAGGACAUGGUAUGUCAAUUACGACUCUUUCACUUUCAUAUGAUACCACUUUUCUCCUAUCAGGUUCCCAAGAUGAAGCAGUAAAAGUAUGGGAUAUUUCCAGUAGACAAAUGAUUAAAAGUUUUACCAAUCUUAAAGGUCCAAUCGCAAACCUACACACUUUUAUAAAACCACCGGAUCUUUUUAAUCUCGGCUUGUCACCAACUAAAAUUAUGAUACAACCAAUACAAUCUUUUAAGAGAAUGUCCGUCAAAGAUUCUGAAAUUGAAGAAUCUGUGAUAAUGGUUUUAGGUGAUAAUACAAAGGAUAUUGAUGUAUAUAAUAAUAAUCACACCGGUCAAGUUGCCGUAUCAUAUGGGUUUCAUGAUUUGCAAAAAGCAAAAUCCACUCAAAAUCAAUUUAGAAACGGUGAUGCAACUACCAUGCUUCAGACACAAAUAUCAGAGUUGAAAUCCGAACUUACUCGUAUUAACGGUCAUUACCAACGUGUAAAAGGGUUACAUGAUGAAAUGUACCAAGAAUUAGUUACGGAUUUUCUUUCAAAAAGAAAAACAAAAGAAAACUAG